CUGUACCGGUUGUGUGUGCACUUCCUCAGGUCGCCUAACAGAGUGUACCCACGGUGCGCCGGUGCGCGUUGACUGCCCCGCCCGUGACAGACAGACAAACAAUACGAAAAGCUCACUAUUACGACAUCUCUCUGACUGUCUGGCUGUUUACGAUUGUUCUGGUACAUUUACAAAUACACAUACAUACAACAAAUGGACUUGGGUGUUGAGUGUUAGGUUUUAGUUGUGUGUCGAGAUGAUGGACAAUUCGGGAAUGGACUCAGCAAGCGAUCACAGUAGCCACGCGUCUUCCGGUUCACCGGCCGUUGCAAUCAAGCAGUCUCCUUCGCCUCCGAACAACUUAAUCAACAGCCACCAUCACAAUCACAACCAUCAAGUACACAGUCCGAGACAAGCGAGUCCUUUAGGCCCUCCGAUGUCGAUGGCUCAUCCGCUUUCGCCGCCACCGGUGACUUCAGCAAGUCUGGCUCGCAGCAUGGCUCUUGGACACUUGCCGCCCCCAGGUCUCGGACUUCUUAACUCCCUAGGAGUUCUGCACAACCCUUUGGACUUGAUGGCUCAUCAUGCUCCUCCACGUUCUUACAACAGUCCUCCACCGAUUUCGACUUCCGAUCCAACGGCCAACGAGUGUAAGUUAGUUGAUUAUCGCGGACAAAAAGUGGCGGCUUUUAUUAUUGCUGGAGACACUAUGUUAUGUCUUCCUCAAGCAUUCGAACUCUUCUUGAAGCAUUUAGUGGGCGGUUUACACACAGUUUAUACCAAGUUAAAGCGUCUGGACAUUGUACCUCUCGUCUGUAACGUCGAACAAGUUCGAAUCCUCAGAGGGCUGGGAGCCAUCCAACCAGGUGUCAACAGAUGUAAACUGCUGUCUUGUAAGGACUUCGAUACUCUUUACAGAGACUGUACAACAGCCAGUUCCAGGCCUGGUCGUCCACCAAAGAGAGCACCAGUGGGACUCAGUCUGGCCGCAACGCACCUCCAACAUCAACAACAGCUCAAAAAACAUCGCAUUGACAACGGAGACUAUCCUUACGAAAACGGACACAUGGGUGAUAUGUCACGACUAGAAAAAUCACCUUUACUGGCCAACGGUUACAAUCAUCCACCUCAUUUAAGUCACAUGCAGUUUAUGCAAUUGCCUCAUCCCGCUGCCGCACAUUCAGCACUAUUAUCACCUGCCAUGCCGCACAAUCUGGCAAGGCCCGAUGGUUCCGUUAUAAAGAACCAAGGCAUGCCUACCAUGGAAGCCAUUGCAAGGUCUGGAAUAUGGGAAAAUUGUCGGGCAGCUUAUGAAGACAUCGUUAAACAUCUAGAAAGGCUACGAGAAGAACGUAUUGACCCAGAUAAACCCUUACCCUUGGAUCAGAAACCUAGAGAUCUCAGUCCUAGAAAUUUAUCACCAACAGAACACAGUCCAGUUCUGAACCUGUCAAAAAGCGGUGGUGGUAGUGCUGGUUCGCUGGGAGACAAUGACCAUUCCGGGAGCGAGGCAGAUGGUCCUGAUGUUCCUCCUUCGCCGCGAUCGCCCAGAUCCGCUGUUGAAGAUGAAGACGAUGAAAAUAUAUCCGAGCCCGAUGAUGAUGAUGAUAAAGAUCAAGAUAUGGAUGAGGGUGAUCUUCCUCUUCCAGCUGCCCCUGGCAGCGACCAUCAGCAAACAGCUCUGAACUACUCAACUUUAGCCAGUGCAGUCGCUUCCGCUAAUGGUCCAACCACAGAUCCAAGCAUUUCCUCGACGGAAACCCUCCUAAGGAACAUCCAGGGUCUCCUCAAAGUCGCAGCAGACAACGCACGUCAACAGGAACGACAAAUUCACUACGAAAAAGCUGAAUUAAAGAUGGACGUCCUGAGAGAACGAGAAGAAAAAGACAAUUUAGAACGACAGCUUCACGAAGAACAAAAAAUAAGAGUAUUAGUACAAAAACGUCUUCGACGAGAAAAGAAAACAAGAAGACGACUGCAGGAGAAACUAGACUUAGAAAACAAACGACGAGGACAACUUGAAGAAGCUCUUAGAACUGCCGGAGCACCUGAACAAAUUAAUUUAAUUAACGAAAAACUUUCCCAGAUGGAGCAAAAACCAUCUUCGAGUAAUCAAUUACCUCCCACUAGCACACCUUCCAGCACCACGUCUAAUCAUGCUCCAAACAACUCACCUCAUCUACCGCCUCCAGUACCCGAUCGCCCCGAACGGCUCCCGGAACAACGUCCAGUAGAGAGAAUAAAACAAGAACGAGAAGAUCCCCCGGGAGCGAAUUAUGGCCAACAACCACCAAGAGAGAUGCGGGAACCUCCUCCACAACCUCCCAUACCUCAAGAUAACAAGCACUGGGGGUAUACCGGUAUUGAGCUUAUGAAUACUGGUGCUGCGUUUUGGCAAAAUUAUUCUGAUUCUUUGGCACAAGAGCUUGAAAUGGAAAGAAAAUCCAGGCAGCAACAGGUGGAGCGAGAAGUCAAGUCGCCUCUACAAGAUAGAUCCGGAUAUUAUAAAAACUCCGUAAUGUUUACAAGUAGUGCUACAUAAGACCAUAAUAAUUAAGUCAUGUAUAUAUUUAAAACAAAUCUGUACAGUUCUACAGUUACAUAAGAAAAGUUACAUAUAAAUAGGAUCGCAAAUAAACAUAACAUGAUAAGUAUAAUAAUAUAUAGGUAU